CUGAAAGACAUAUGCGACAUAUACUUCUAUUCAAGCAACGCCUUUAAUAUAUCUCAGAAAUUGAUAAGAAUUGGUCUAUUGACGGUAUUGCGCAUAUAAACGUUAAACUUUGUGAAAUGAAUAGCAAUUCCGUAUCGUUUUCGCCGUGAAACAGUUGCGUGAAAAGAAUUAAAAAAAAAAAUAAACUAAAUAAUAUAUUAAUUUUGUUUGAUACGAGUAAUACGCUUUAAUGAAAUGUUAAUUAAAAGUGCCAAAUUAACUCUUGUUCUGCUGGUUUUGAGUCAAGCAGUAUUAGGCUUGGAUUUCUAUAACUCUGAAAUUGAGGUUGUCACCGAUGCAACGCGCUACAGAACCCUCAACCCGGAUGUUGAUUUAACGCAGUUCGAAAAAGUUUAUGUUAAAGGAAGUUUUUUAUUUAAGGCCGGCGAGCAUAUAACGGGUGACAGUUUAAUAUUAAGAUUCACAGAUGAAGCACAAUUUACAAAAGCAAGUGAGGUUGAAGUUCUUUUGAGAUAUCCAGAAAAAGGUACAAAUGGUAAUACAAUUACUGCCAUUGAGAUAUAUGUGACUGCAUCUUCCGAGGACGCUGAUGCAUGGUUCACUGAAGGAGGUAUUAACAAAAGCUAUGCUGAGAUUUUAUUGGAAUGUAAUAAGACAGUAAACUUCUCUUAUGAAAUAUAUAUUUACGGAUAUUAAUU